UGCAGGGGUGGGUGCCCGGCCGCUCCCCCCGCCCCUGCAGCCCCCCCGUUGCAGGAAGGCUGAGGAUGGGUCCUGCCGCCUUCCUGGGGCUCUGCCUGCUGGGCUGCCUGGUGCUGCCCCCCUCCCUGCCGGGGGCUCAGGCCACCAGGUGUCCCCGGGGGUGGCUGUCCUUCGAGGGACACUGCUAUGGCUACUUCGGACAGCAGCUGAGCUGGAGGAGGGCUGAGGCGUGGUGCCAGGCCACCCGCGGGGGCCACCUGGCGUCGCUGCACAGCCCCGAGGAGCACCGGGCGCUCGCCGCCUUCAUCGCCCGGCGGCCGCGGCGGGGAGAGGACGACGAGGAGGGGGAGAAGGAGAGGGAGAGGGAGAGGGACAAGGAGGAGAGCGUCUGGAUCGGGCUGCACCGGCGGCGCCAGGGCUGGCUCUGGGCUGACGGGUCCCCGCGGCACUACUGGGCCUGGGAGGGGGACGAUGGCCCCAAGGGACAUCCCUGCAUCGCCCUGGAGGACUCGGCAGGGUUCAUGGCCUGGGAGGGCGAGGCCUGCGGCGAGCGCAAACCCUUCGUCUGCAAAUACGAAGCCUAGAGGGGCUAGGGGCCUGGGGGGGCUGUCCCCAACCCCUGUGCAGCCCCCCGAGCCUGGGCCUGUCCCCAAACCCCUGUCCCAGACCCCACUGCCUGCUCCCAAUCCCACCCCUGCUGUGCUGCCCCCCAAACCCCACCUCCCCCUCCCAAUUCCACCUCCUGUCCCCCAAACCCUGUCCCAGAUCCCAAACCCUUCUCCCAGUCCUGCCCCCACUGUCUUGCUCCCCAAA